AUGAGUCUGAUCCGCAGUGACAGCAGACCAGCAAACACCAUGAACGGUCUCCUUCACUCUGCGGUGGAUGAAGAGUGUUUCCUCUUCACCUCUGAGUCUGUGGGAGAAGGACACCCAGAUAAGAUCUGUGACCAAAUCAGUGAUGCAGUGUUGGACGCACACCUGAUGCAGGACCCUGAUGCCAAAGUGGCCUGUGAGACUGUGGCUAAGACGGGGAUGAUCCUGCUGGCGGGGGAGAUCACCUCUCGGGCGAAUGUUGAUUAUCAGAAAGUGGUGCGUGAGACAAUAAAACACAUCGGCUACGACGAUUCUUCCAAAGGGUUUGAUUAUAAAACCUGUAAUGUGCUGGUGGCGUUGGAGCAGCAGUCCCCAGACAUCGCUCAGGGAGUUCAUCUCGACCGUAAAGAGGAGGACGUCGGUGCCGGAGACCAGGGGCUGAUGUUUGGGUACGCCACCGACGAGACCGAGGAGUGUAUGCCCCUCACUAUAAUCCUGGCUCACAAACUCAACGCCAAACUGGCAGAGCUGCGCAGAGACGGGACGCUGCCCUGGCUCAGGCCGGACUCUAAGACCCAGGUGACUGUGCAGUACCGGCAGGACCGUGGCGCCAUGCUUCCGUUACGAGUUCACACCAUCGUGAUCUCGGUGCAGCAUGAUGAGACGGUGAGUCUGGAGGAGAUGCGUCUGUCUCUGAAGGAGCAGGUGGUCAGAGCCGUGGUCCCCAGCGGUUACCUGGACAACAACACCAUUUACCACCUACAGCCCAGCGGCCGCUUCGUCAUCGGAGGCCCUCAGGGAGAUGCUGGUCUGACCGGUCGGAAAAUAAUUGUUGAUACAUAUGGAGGUUGGGGCGCUCAUGGGGGCGGAGCCUUCUCUGGAAAGGACUACACCAAAGUGGACCGCUCUGCUGCCUAUGCUGCUCGCUGGGUGGCCAAGUCUCUGGUUAAAGCUGGGCUCUGCAGGCGCGUCUUAGUCCAGGUGUCCUAUGCCAUCGGCGUCUCCCAUCCUCUGUCUGUCUCCAUCUUUAACUACGGCACGUCUCAGAGAAGCGAGCGUGAGCUACUGGACAUUGUGAUGAAAAACUUUGACCUGCGUCCUGGAGUCAUUGUCAGAGACCUGGACCUGAAGAAGGCCAUCUACCAGCAGACGGCAGCCUACGGCCACUUUGGGCGAGACAUGUUUCCGUGGGAGCUGCCCAAACAGCUAAAGUUCUAA